AUGAAAUCCUGCUUUCGGUCAAACUGUUCCCCCUAUCAACGCGAACCGGCACUGACCACAUUCGUACCCAACACCUAUCCCCCAACCAAAUCUGUUCAGUGUACUCCCGAUGAGCUUACCCACCCCCGAUCCAAAGUUUCCACCGACUCCGAUCCACAGGAGUCCGGGGAUACAACCGAAAGUGACGAGACCGGUGACCACUGUGGUCACGCUGUGGGGACAUGUGAACGAGUCAGAACGGGGGAGAGAAGCAGUGAUUUUAAGAACCUCAGUCAUCGGCUAAAUACUACUCAAUCGACCGAUCAGAGAAGAUCCGGUCAAUUGGACUUGGAGAACGCGCAUGCAAAAUGUCACAAUUCGAACACAUUUCAAAGAAUAUCGAACACCACUGACCGGCCAAGUCCAGGUAAUCAGGGAUAUUGUGAACUAAUCACCACAGAUGGUCGCGGAUCUGCACCACCCACAUUUGUGACAGAUGCCAUGCGUGUUCCCUUGGGAUCGAGUGACUAUCCUGCAAAAAAGCGAAAUGACGAAAAUUGA